AUGAGGGGCAGGCCGCAGAAGAAGAGGGAGAGCACGGACAUGGCCGUGGAUGAGCGACGGCAUCCACGAGCACUAACGAUGAUGGACAAGGGUCCUGGGCGUCUUGGAGUGGACCGCCGUAUCCUGAACGAUCAAAACGACUGGAGCUGUGGAGGCAAUGGAGGCAAUGGAGGCACACAUCGGAGGAUGAGGGAGCCGCCGAAGUGUGGCUGA